AUGGUGGUUACUGGGGAGAAGCUGGGGGGCGUUCCGGCCUGCGGCUGCUUCUCCACGGUUUAUUUCCCCUCCUUCCCCAAAAAAAUCUCGGGAAAAAGGGACCCGGGCGUCCGGGGAUCCCCAAGCGCCCCCGCUUCCAGCAGCCGGGAGGUCCUCCGAAGCAGUCCUAUGCCGCCAGGGGGCGCUGCUUCCCGCCUUCCGCCCCCGUUGUGGCCGCUCUGGGCGCGUGGCGGUAGUGUCGCUGGUGGCGCUGUCACGGGCCGCGGGCAAGAUGGCGGCGGAGGCAUCGGCAGCGCUGGGUUUGGAGCAGACGGCGCUGGACGGGCGGGUGCUGCGGGCUGUGAGGAGAUGACAAGGUCUGUGAGUGCUCUCCAGCUGCUGGGUGAGGUUGAGCAUCCAUCCAGCUGUGGUCAGGCUGAUCCUUCAGGAAGGAAGAGGUGGCUGUUCCCACUUCUGCUGCUGGGGAGGAUCUGCAGGCCCACUGCCUGGAGGGAAACACAGGAACCAAAAGUGAAGUUGCAGCUGAAAAGACACGUUGGUACAGCUCAGGAGUAUGGUGGAAUCAUCCGGCAUGGUGCCAAACUACUGUUUGCCUUUGCAGAAGCAACUGUGCCUAAAAUUACUGUCAUCACCAGGAAGGCCUACGGGGGUGCCUAUGAUGUGAUGAGCUCAAAGCAUUUACGAGGAGACGCCAACUAUGCCUGGCCGACAGCAGAGGUGGCCGUGAUGGGUGCCAAGGGUGCUGUGCAGAUCAUUUUCAGAGGGAAGGAGGCGAACGCGGAGGCUGAGUACGUGGACAAGUUUGCCAACCCCUUUCCUGCAGCCAUGAGAGGGUUUGUUGAUGACAUCAUCCAACCUUCCAGCACCCGCACGCGCAUCUGCCGGGACCUGGAUGUGCUGGCCAGUAAAACCCAGUUUGGUGCCUGGAAGAAACAUGCCAACAUCCCACUGUGAGGGGGACAGGGCAACGUUCUCAACACCAACACUGCUCAACUGAGGGCUGCUAUGCAGUGGAAACAAUUCUUUUUUGAUUUUGCCAAUGAGCAUCAAUAAAUCACAGCACAUCUCUCAUUUAA